UGUUAAAUAACCGUAUGAACCAACGAGUGUAUUCGGGGAGGAACGUAAUCACAUUUACAGAUUUUCUAAGCCCGCUAAUAUUCGCCAGAUCUCGCGUGGCGACAUUACGUAUCUCGCGUAGUGUCUCGUCUUCGCGUCACACGUCGCAAAUUUUUUCGGUAGAAAAACGCUGUCAAUUGUAACGGUGGCUUGUAAGAACAAGCGUUGGCUUCAGUGAACGGACACGUACACAUGGAUGUUCCACGAUUCUUCACGUACGACGUGAGUUUUCUUCGUAAUCUUCUCGGUAAUCCUGUACGAGACAUGAGUACUUAAGUCGACCGUAUUUUUUUUUUUUUUUUUUUUUUUUUUUUUUUUUAAAUAAAGGAGCGUUCGAGAGACGAUGAAUUCGAUCUAUAGAACUGUCUACUUCUGUUUUCUUCCUCCUGUCCGUAAAGUCGAACUUGCCAGGAUAUUAUAUAUUACGAUCUAUUGUGUGCGCGUUUGUGUUUUUUUUUUUUCCGCUCUUGAGCGCGAUUACUGGUUCGCCGAUCGAGCAGGGGCUUCGAACGGGCGGUUUAAUCUAUUACACUUAAAGUAGGAGUAGUAAUAAUAAUAGCAGCAGUAUAGUCGUAAAUAACAGUACAGUCGAUCGCUCGGUUUUAAGGGGCUCUCAAAAUUCUCGACGUCGAACGAGAUUGAAGGCGCGGGCCCGUGGGCGUCGGGCGCUCGCUCGGUUGGUUGGCAGUAUGUACGCGUGUUAAAUUGCAUUUAAUUCUAAAUACGUAGAUCGUUUUUCGUAAUAUUCGAGGCGAUUCGAUUGACCUUCAACCCUCGUGCCGCGCAGUGUCUGUGCAUACAUUAAAAGAAAAGGAAAAAAACAAGAAAAAAAAAAAAAAGAACCGCAAGAAGAGACGAAGAGAUAAAAUGACGCGGAAUCCUGAGGAAGUACAACAAAGUACAGCCUAGUAAUCCAGUACAGCCACAAAGCGGUCUGUCGCCCACCUGUAUUUACGUAAGUAACGUUACACACACACACCACAGUGAUCAUUUUUUUGCGCGCUUUGUAGUUUUUUCGCGUAAAAAGAAGAUCGCGUCCGAGGUGGAGAUACGCAUCGAUGGGCAUUACAUUCUACGAUGAGCAACAUCCGAAAAAAAGCCAAUCAUUUGGCGGUAUUUAAGCGACGGACCAAGAAUGAGGACAACGACGAAUUAUCGAGGAGCGUCAUUAUAGGGGCGAGAAAGACGGGCCAGUUAAAUCUCUCGUCGAAGGGACUGUCCACGGUACCUGACAGAAUAUGGAAUAUAAACGAAUUAACGAAAGAGGAAUUACGUGAUUUACAUUUCGAACUUGAUUAUGUACCUUUGGAAGAGCGAUGGUGGGAACAAGAGCCACUGAAGAUGUUAGAUCUGAGUUGCAAUAGUUUAACUGUAAUCGAUAAUAAAAUAGAACUUCUAACAGAACUGAAUACUUUGAACCUGCAUAGUAAUUUGUUAGAAGAAUUACCACCUGAAAUUGGUUCUCUGCGCAAAUUAAAAAUACUAAAUCUAUCAGACAAUAGACUAAAACAUUUACCUCAUGAAUUUUAUAUCCUGGAGGAAUUAUGCGAGUUAUAUCUAAGAAGUAAUCAAAUAAGUAUACUCGAAGUUGAGAUUGGAAAUUUAAUCAUGUUAACUCAUAUGGAUUUAUCAUAUAAUAAUUUAAGAGAAUUACCGAUCGGAAUGGGAUAUUUGGUGCGACUGGAGACAUUGAAUUUAUGUCAGAAUAUGAUAAAAGAAUUACCACCUGAUGUAACAAGUAUGCGAUCAUUGAAAACGUUAGAUAUCAGCUUUAAUCAAUUGGAAACGGUACCGCCAUUAGGUGAAUUGCGGAAAGUAGAAAGAAUUAUGUUUCAGUCGAAUAAUUUGCAGGAAUUUCCAGACAUAUCAGGUUGUUCAGCUUUAACAGUAUUGCAUUUGGAUAACAAUAACAUUCCUGAAAUUGAUCCACAACGCUUAGAGACAGUAGGACAUCUAAAACAGCUCACAAUGCAAAAUAAUACAAUUGAAGUAAUACCUGAAGAAAUAAUCAAAUUAAUAAAUUUGGAAGUUUUUGAUUUGUCGCAUAAUAAUAUAUCUUUAAUACCUUAUUGUAUUGGUAUAUUGCCCAAUUUAAAGCAAUUUAUAAUCGAGGGAAAUAAUAUAAAAAAUGUAAGGGGAGACAUAAUACGAUGCGGUACACCUCGCAUUCUGACACACAUUCGCCAAACUGUAGAUGUUAAUGCAAGUGUAAACACCAGAGAAUUACUACAACCUAAUGCCAGCAACAGUAUUCAUCCUGACAAAUAUAUGAUGAAGAACACAAGACUGUUCAGCUUAGCUGGGCAAAACCUUUCGGAAAUAUCCGAAGAAAUCUUGGAAGACGCAGCGGAAGCCUCCGUCACAACCAUCGACUUGAGUAGAAACAAGCUAUCAGGAUUAUUUAAUAAAAUGUCGGCAAUCGUUACAGUGACAGAUCUAAAGUUGACUUCAAAUCAUUUAGCAAGCUUGCCAGAAUGGAUUGGUGAAAAGUACAAGUGCUUGCAAGUUUUAGAUAUAAGUAAAAAUCACUUGCAAUCUCUACCAUCAAAUAUCGGUUGCCUGAAAUAUUUGCGAGAUAUUGAUAUCUCAUUCAAUAGAUUUACUGAGUUACCAGAAGCUAUUUAUGACGUUGAAGCAUUGGAAAGUUUAACUGCCAAUGACAAUCAAAUCGCGAAAAUAGAUGUACCGCUGUUGGAAAGAUUAAAAAGGCUAGCAGUUUUAAAUCUAACAAAUAACAAUAUCGCUCACGUACCUCCUGAACUUGGAAACUUGAAAAACUUAAGGAGUCUAUUGUUAUCUGGGAAUUGUUUUAAAUAUCCCAGACAAGCAAUUCUAAUGAAAGAUACAGAAGAAAUACUGAGUUAUCUACGUAAUUUAAUACCUCACUAACGAAGAGAACACAAAAUGGUUUAUAAAAAGUAUCCAUUCU